AUGUCGCCUGCGUCUGCGCAUGACCAACAGGGCCGGAUUAAGAAUGCCAGAGAGGCUCACAGCCAGAUAGAGAAGCGUCGCAGGGACAAGAUGAACAGCUUCAUAGAUGAGCUGGCAUCACUGGUGCCCACCUGUAAUGCCAUGUCCCGCAAGCUGGACAAGCUGACAGUGCUGCGCAUGGCUGUCCAGCACAUGAAGACACUCAGAGGUGCAGCCAACCCAUACACAGAGGCCAACUACAAGCCUUCAUUUCUCUCAGAUGAUGAACUGAAGCACUUGAUACUAAGGGCUGCUGAUGGGUUCCUGUUUGUGGUUGGGUGUGAUCGUGGCAAGAUUCUCUUUGUUUCUGAA